AUGGAGAACGACAAGGAGAGAUCUUACGUCCCCCGCAAGUGCUCUGCGACGGGCCGCAUCAUCAAGGCCAAGGACCACGGUUCUUGCCAGAUCACCAUCGCCAAGGUCGACGAGAACGGCCGGGCCAUCCAGGGCGAGAACGUCAUCUAUGCUCUCUCCGGUUUCGUUCGCGCCAUGGGCGAGAGCGACGAUGCUCUGAACAGACUUGCUCAGCGUGACGGUCUCCUCAAGAACGUCUGGUCUGCCCAGAGAUAA